UCUUUUUCUUUCUUUCUUCUGCGUCGCUCCAUUGAGGAUAUUACGGAUGCUUCCUGGACCCGACCGUGACCGCGUCAGUAGACUUCCCGGCAGCACGCGCAGACAUGCUCCGCAGCGGGUGUUUUGACCAGACACGCGUCACAUAGGUGAAGGGGGCGGACGGACUUCUCGCAACUUGCGGGCUAUGGGGACAGAGAGCGAGAGCAUGCUGCAGCUCGCGGCGGACGCUUUCCAGUCGAACAACUUUGACCUGGCCGCGGACAUCUACGAGUGCCAGCUGGCGUGCCUCGGAGAUCCAGGGGGCCGGCAGGAGCUGAUGGUCAUGCGGGCUGAUGCGCUCGCCUUCGGGGGCAAAUUCACCGAAGCUUUCGACGCGUACCGACAAGCCUCGGAGACGGAGAGACUGAGACCCAUUCACCUGACCAACCUCAUAGAGUACCUGUCGAGUAGUAUCGGAGAGCAGGGCGCGGGGGGCGACGGUCGACACGAGACCCCGAGGAAAGGAGGACAGGUCGGGGCGGCGGCGGCCGGACGUCCGACGGGAGGCGGCGCCGCGGGCUUCGGGUACGAAGACUUCUCCUGUCGGAUAUGCCUGAGCUUUCUGUUCGAGCCCGUGACUCUGCCGUGUGGACACUGCUUCUGCAAAAAGUGUCUGGAGAGGGAGCGGAAGGAGAAGGAGCUGCCGGUGAUGUGUAAAGAGUGCGGGGACGGCUCCAGGGUGGCCGGCGUCCAGAGUUACAGGGUCGACGUGGUCCUCAGCAACCUGCUGGCGAAGUGGUUCCCGACCUUGCACCAGGCCGGCCGGCUGAGGCGGGAGGGCAACGCGCUGUACGCCGAGAGGAAGGUGGAGGCGGCGCUGGACAAAUACAACCGAGCCACGCUGAUAGCACCCAUGGACCACAUACUGUUCAGUAACCGCUCCCAGAUCCACUCCAGCCUGAGACACUAUGAAAAGGCCCUGAGAGACGCAGAGAUGGCCUGCAGACUCAUGCCUCACUGGUCCAAGGGUCAUGUUCGUAAGGCCCAGGCCCUGGUUUCGCUGGGUAGGACCGAGGAGGCUCUUAGGGAGUACCUGGUCUGUCUGUCCAUAGAGCCGGACUGUAGACUGGCCAAUGUCGAGGCUCACAGGCUCCUCUGUGAUCUCCUGGCUCCGGUCACCGGUCAGGUCCCUGAACACAUCUCAGACUACGCCAACGUGCACACGUCUUUCAAAGCGCACGUCAAGAACAGCAUCAGCAUCGACACUCCGCCCCAGAUCUUUCGUCCCAGCCUGUUGUCGCCCGAGGGCGGUCUUGGCCCCACCCCUCCUGCACCCGAAAGGCCCGAGGGCGGUGAGGUCAAAGGUCAGGGGAACAUGGAUCACAGCUUCCUCCUCAAAAGGAAACACAGGAGCUCAGAAGAGGAGGAGGACGAAGGACAGGAGAGGAGAGACGAUCACAAGAGAGUCAAGUCCGAGCCAGCACAAGGGACGGAUCAACUGAGCUCUGCAGCCAGUGGCACCUUGGACCCAGCAGACCUGGAGUGUUCUCUGUGUAUGAGACUUUUCUAUGAGCCGGUGACGACGCCGUGCGGCCACACUUUCUGUCUGCGGUGUCUGGAGCGGUGUCUGGACCACAACCCCAAGUGUCCUCUCUGUAAAGAGGAGCUGUCCGAGUACCUGGUCCAGAGGCCGUACUGCAAGACGGUACUAACGGAGAACCUGAUAUCGAAGUAUCUUCCCUCGGAGCUCAUAGAGAGACAGAAAAUCCACCAGGAAGAGAUGGCCGAGCUCUCAAAUCUUAACAAGAAUGUGCCUAUAUUCGUGUGCACCAUGGCCUUCCCCACUGUCCCGUGCCCGCUCCAUAUCUUCGAGCCGUGCUACAGACUGAUGAUUCGCCGAUGCAUCGAGACGGGAACCAACAGCUUCGGCAUGUGUCUGGGAGACAACCUCAAAGGGUUUGCGGACUACGGGUGCCUGCUGGAGAUCGGCGACGUGAAGUUCUUCUCCGACGGCCGCUCGGUGGUGAACACCGUCGGCAUGCGAAGGUUUAAAGUCGUCCAGCACAGCGAGAGGGAUGGAUACAACAUGGCCGAUAUCGAGUACCUGGAGGACGUUAAGGUGGAGGGUCUGGCAGAGCGUGAGCUGCAUACUCUGCACGACGCGGUGUACGACCAGGCCCUGGUGUGGGUCAACUCCUUGAAGGCCGAGCAGAAGGACCGCAUUGAGGGACACUUUGGACCCAUGCCUCAGAAAGACUCUGAACUUCAGCAGAGUCCUAACGGCCCCUCGUGGUGUUGGUGGUUACUCGCCGUUCUUCCGCUGGAGGGCCGAGCCCAGCUGCCGUUCCUGGCCCUCACCUCUCUGAAGGAUCGCCUCAGCGGCAUCCGCAAAGUGCUGCUCUUCAUGGCCCACAGCAGGCACCGGGGACAUUAACGCUCCACAACUGGAAAAUGCAGUAGCGACACCCCUCUCCACACACACACACACACACACGCACACACACACACACACACACACACACACACACACACACACACACACACACAGGCCCUCCUUCAAAGGAGCAGUUGACCUGCUGUUCUUCCUGUUUGAUGCCCAAAGGAGCGGGCAUUGAUCCCGUCACCGUCCCGCUGUAGCCACAAUCCCGCUGUAGCCACAAUCCCAUUCAGAAAGCAGCGCUGGACUCAAACUUUAGCGAGAAAAAGAAACGCAUCAACCGGGACACUCGAUGUGAAUGCAUUGAUAUCUUCCAUUCAUAGCAUUCUCUAGAAAAACUAACCGUGCGGACUUCAGCUAUGUCCAGACAGGAUGGAAAUGUGAUUUUCUUUCUUCUUCAACAAACAGCUGACGUGACUCCACAGGUUCCACUGCUGCCUUUUGUGGUCUUCCUCCAUUUUUGUAGUUCAUGCUCUUCCUCUGGAAGGCAAACAAACAGUCUGCAGUCUGAUAUGAUAUACAGCUGUCUGAACGUAGCUUUAGCUGACUCAGCUAAUCCAUGUCUUUUAAAUGUACAUAUGAGCUUCGCGAGGGACCAAACAAGUGAUUUGCCCCUCCAAUGAUGAAAUUACUGACUAUAGAGGACUAAUUGGUGUGCUCGUUACUACGUGUAGACAUCUACAAAAGAUGUGUUUACUGUUCUGCCCACCUUUCAUAUAACUUUAACUCAUUUCUAUUGGCUGCUAUUCAGUCUUCCUUCCCUUCUGUCCCUGUCUGACUCACCACAUCAUGCAGCUGAAUAACAAAUGACUGAACCUUUACAUUGGCGUGCUUUAAGGCUCUUGAUGUUCCAUUCAGACAUUUUCAUUUCUUUAUUUGUCUGAUUUCUUUUAUUAUUUUUUUCCUUAUUUAUUUUGGCAUUAUUUAUGCAUGCAGUGACAUUGUUUACAUUUCACAGAGAGAGAUGUUGAGCUGCUCACUUUCCAAAGACUGUCUUUUCUUUCUUUCUUUUUUUUACUUAACAUUUGACCCCAAACAUCGGCCAUAAUACCUCGGUAACUGUCAGAUAUUAUUAUGGCAAAAAUAAACACUAUUUACGCAAUCAAAAAGCCAACAUGGCUGCCGCUGAAACGGUCCAGGACCAGCUAUGGAAACUGGAGUCGAGGGCAGAUUCCCUCCCAGAACCCGUUUGUUAGAUCACCGGUGACUCGAGUCAGCGUGGUAUUUUGAUUGGCUGCUCGCAAGCCCAGCUAUUUUGAAUAAAACCAUAUUUGGGUUUCCUUUGCCGUCAGCGGCCGCUCUAUGGCUGAAAUACUUCCACGCUCAAAGAGAGCCACGUCUGGAUUUCAGAUACCGUUAUGUCCUAUGUGUAUUUAUUCACUAUUUAUUCAGACUUUAUUUUUGCACUUUCACUUGACGUAAGGGAAAGAACCGGUCCAGGCCAGCCUCACGGUGUGCAUGUUCACUUGAGUCAGAGGACAUAAGUAUUUUGGUUACCACAGAAGUCAAAUCUUCUGGUGGUUUAAUCGGUAGACGGUCCCCAAGUGAUGCAUGCGAGGGGUAAAGGCCAGUGCCUUCUGUAGUGGGACAGUUUUACAUAGCAGGCUCAUUUUAAGGUCCUCCCCAAACCUAUUUUGAGAAUUUCCCACAAAUGUAUUUCUGAGAUGAAGACUUAUUGAGGCCUUGCUGGUUGUUGUCUGUGACAUGACUGCUUUUACAAGUCAAGGGCAGCUCUCUGGAAAACAAAAGAUUAUUGAGCUUUGCCUUUAAACUCUUUUAUUUUAUACACGUGUCUUUUUGAUUUGUACAUGUUUCUGUCGGGUUCUUUGUAUUUUAUAAUUUUUCGUCACUUUCUGGCAUGUCUUCUCUUAUUUCAUGUGUGUAUUAGUGCAGGGAGUGUCACGUCGGUGUCAUCCUCAUUUAUUAUUUUGUACCAUAAGGGCCAAAGUCGUUAAUAUUGAUAUUGCAAUAGAUCAUUGUACAAUGACCCUAGUGUUAAAUUCAAUUGGAAGGUGUUUGUCCCACCACUUCAAUCAUCGAUCCACCAUGUCUGAAAGUAUCACCCUAUUGUUUGCUGAUAUCCUAACUGGCCACCACUAAGAAGCUAUACCGCACGAACUGGGCAGGAAAGGGAAACGACAUUAGUCCGAUAUAAUCACCCCGCCAGUGUAAAAGCAUAUCACACCCAGAGACAAAUCCAGAUAGACGUGAAGUAGAUUAAAGGGAAAAUCCACCUAAAAUGCAAUGACAUGCUUAUUCUUUUUUUUUUUUUUUUUUUUUACAAUUUGUAAAAAGAAAAAAACGGAUCUCUCUGUCGACAUCGUCGCAUGUGAAGCUGAUGCUAUUUAGUUUUUCUUUUUGUCCCUCAUCCCACAAAUGUAAGCAUGACACUGAAAUGAUGCUUCGGUUUACAACUGAUAUCUGUGAAUUAUUGUUCAUCUGUGACAGCAGUUCUAGUGCCUUAAGUUGGACUUCUUCCAUUUACACUUUGAUGUGUGCUGAUGUUUUGAAUCCCAUCUUACCGUAAUGUCUUUGAGAAGCCAUGAGGUCAACCAACGCUCAUCUCCUCUCUAGAUAUCUGGACUCGUUAAAGGGUAGCUCCACAUUUUGGUCGAUAAGCUUAUGAAAGUUAGAUGAGAAGAUUGCUGCUCCUCUCAUGUUACAUCACUAAUUCAAGCGUCAGCUAGCACCAGCAGCUGGCUAGCUUAGCUUCACACAUGACCCACCUUUUUUAAAGGGACAGUUCACCCCAAAAUCAGAACAUCCCGUCGGCCAAUAUCUCCGAAUCCAUUCAACUCACACCUGAGGAAACGCAUGUAUUUUUUUACUUUGAAGUUGAACUACCCCUUUUUUAAAACCAUCGUUCAUGACCAUGGGUUCUGUGGGACAUGUGGGAUUUAAUUUACUUCCCGCACCUGCAACCAACACCGCUCAUCCCCUGCAACCCCGGUUGACUCGUAUUAAUAACGGCGAUUACAGCAACUCCAAUUGCUGCUAUUUUGUGUGCUUUUUAAAUAUGUAUGAAAAAGGAUAGAAUGUUUUCGUUGCUGAUGAGAGUCCUAUGUGCUCGGAUUCUCGUGGAGAUGAUUUGAGAGGAGAAGGUGUUGAUCGGGAAACGGCACGGGUUGUAAGCCCAGCUGGGACGUGAAUACUGCGGCAUUUGUUUUUUAACCCUGAAAGUUCAGGGUGGGUCGAAAGCUGCUUGUUUCACAUUCUGUAGCACUCCGGGCUCGUGAUAACUUCGGUCAUGCUAACAAACCGGCACUGACACCGAGCUUUUAUUGUCUUAGUGUCGGGCGAACAGGGCAUUCCCACUUCCUGUGUAGCUGUAAAAAUGGCUUGUAGAAGAAGUGGGAUCUUGCGGAUCGUUUGUAAUCCAGCUAUGCAGGUGGUCAUUGCCCAUUGAUAUCAUGACCUUUCAGAAUUCAACCACUGACCUUUUGAGGAAGUGUAACUACCUCUGGCAUCCUCCUAGAGCACUUCCACAAAGAGAGAGAGAAAAACGGUGCUUCCUAAUUUUCUUGUGUUCCUGUCAUUGUUGUUUUAAUCUGUGGGAAAUUAAAUGUAAUUUGAUUAUACAAACAAAUAAUGUCAACUGGUCCCAAAAUGUACCCCCCUUUUUUUUUCUUCUUUUUUUUAAAAAGAAAAACAAAGUGUGCCCAUGUCAAAAUGCACCGUCAUCAACAGAGUUUAUGCCACGUGUCAAAGCUGUGAAUUCAAAGGCUUCUGUAAAAUGUAUUUGACACUGAUCCCGACUAUUUGAAUUCCUCUGGCCAAACAUUCAUGCUUUGUGAACUCUUAAAAAUGAAAACGAAAGCUUUGCCGGUCCUCAUAUCUAUACAUCUAUAUUUCUGCCCCGCUUCGAAAGGUCGACGGCCUCUAAAUGUGUCCGGGUGAAUUCGCACAAGAUGAAUGUAUGUAUGUCUCGGAUGUUCUCUGUACAUGUCUGUUUUUAUAGUAAAACUUUAGUAUGCAUUACUUUUGCAAAUGUACAGUUCUGAAGCUGCAACUUGUGAAUAAACCAAAAGGUUUGCGUUCUCGGUCCUGAAUGGGAUCGCGAACACGCUGGACUGGA